AUGACAGAGAUUGGUUCGAAGGGGACGUGUCGAUCCUUCUCAGGGGUUGGAGCUGAUUUGCUUGUCAAUGACAGGAUGGAAGAAGCGAUCGUGGGCAAGAAGGCCAGCACAUCCUCCCAUCAUGCUCCUGCGCCCGAAAUGCUGAAACGAACAAGAUCCGUGCAACCCGAGAUGUUGAGCAUGACUGAAGACUCGCUGGAUAACGACCUCAAGUUGCAGGAGGCGGCCAAGGGGAGGAAGCGGGGGAGGUCGAGCCGCACAGGGCAGGAGAGACGUCCUCUGGACAUGGAGGACAUCGUUGGGAUUCUGCGCGAGCUGAAUGACAUCAAGAGCAGGAUCAUGUUUCAGUUCCCCGACCUCGACAAGUUCAUCUCCUCCAACAGCUGCGGUGACGACCUGCCCGGGUCGGUGAACUCAGAGGAGAGCUUCACUCAGCGGGAGCCCAACACCAACCCUUCUCCUCAGUCCGACCAGCGACGGUCAAGUCGGGUGAUGAAGGGGAUGAAGCCGCUGCCGCACGCCUUCUACAACGGUUGGAGAACCAGCAGCGUGGACAUGGAAACCUUGCACGAGAUCGUCCGCAAAGAGAUCCCUCCCAUCAUGUCAGAGUUCCAUGCGUCAAGCUCCGACCUCUCAGCACAUGUUGCCGACUCGAACAUGUCACAGCAUGACCGAUACCCAGGAGCGCUGCUGUCCCCAGGAGACUCUCUGUUCCCCAUCAUGAACUCCGACGGUCCCAACGGUCAGAAACCGACGAAACCCGACGACAACACCCCCGACGACCUGGAGGAGAACUGGGUCAACUGCGCUGAAAACGCCUACGGAGCCUUCAUCCACAUGGCCUUGCGCGACUCCAUCGGACACGCCUUCCUCAACUGCGGCCUCAUGGUCAUCGCGUCCGUUCUCAUCCAGAUCGCCUUCGCGUACGAGCUGUGGAGCUCGCUCCCGCCGCUGGACGAGGCCAACAUCUGCCACAUCCCCAUGGACCUUCAGUUCUCCGCCAUCAUGGUCUUCAUGACUCUGAUGCUCAACAACGUGCCCAGCAUGAUGAAGGCAGCCAAUAUCUCCCUCCUCAGCCCAGUGUGUUGGGUCGACGAGGCUGUGGACACUGUUCGGACCCACUGGUUCAUCCGGGUCUUAGUGUUUAUCUUCGCCGUCCUGACCGAGGUGUUUACCUGGUCGGGGAUCCUCGUGGCGGGGGUCUGCUGGAUCUUGACCUCGGUCUCCGUCGACCUUGUCAUCAGAUCCACAGUCGCCAUCAUGUUCGUGCAGAAUGUCGAUGAGAUUAUCUUCGAGUCCUGCUGUACGGCAGACAUCAAAGACGGGGUGGAGCAGACCAGGUACCAGCUCCACAAGUGGUUGAGAACGGGCAAGCAGCGCAGCGAGUGGGUCAACAAUCUGCGGGAGUUCUACGGACGCUAUGUGCACCUCCCCCUCCUCGCCGCCAUGUCCUUCACGCUCGUGUACAUCACUCGUCACGACGGGAAGAACAGAUGUAGAAUAUGA